GUGAAGGUCACUCUCAUCAAAGGCGCGCCUAAGAGAAAGAUACAACGACGGAUCAGACUCGAGAGACGUAGCUUUCUUCACUCGGAGAAGAAGUGGAGAAAGUAGAUACAAUUCAAAAACCCUAAUUUCAUCCUUUCUGAAUCAAUUGAUUUCAACAUGGGCGAACAAUCCUCAUCUCAACCACAAUCGCCUCAACCCGAUUCCCACACCCUAAUCCCGCCGCAAUCCGUCGCCGAUUCAACCGCACUCUCCGGCGAUAUCGUCUCCUCCACCACCAUCGACACCCGACGGAUCACAGAGCUAGGCAACGUCUCGUCUCCCCCUUCCAAAAUCCCCCUCCGUCCCCGGAAAAUCCGGAAACUCGCACACGACGGCGGCGCCGACGAAGACGCCAAGGCCGCGGCGGCGGAGGAUAGCAAAUCCGCCGCGAAAGGUAAACAACCGUCGCAUCCGCGCGCCGUAACCGUCCCGAGGAUCCACGCCCGCCCGCUCACGCACGAAGGCGAGCUCGAGGCGGCGAUCCACCACCUCCGAAGCUCGGAUCCGCUCCUCGCGGAGCUGAUCGACGUCUACCCUCCGCCGUCGUUCGAGUCCUUCCCGACUCCCUUCCUCGCCCUGAUACGCAACAUCCUCUACCAGCAGCUCGCCGCCAAGGCAGGGAACUCGAUCUACACACGCUUCGUCGCUCUCUGCGGCGGCGAGCAGCUCGUCGUCCCCGAGACGGUCUUAGCGCUGGACCCUCAGCAGCUCCGUCAGAUCGGCGUGUCGCGGAGGAAGGCGAGCUACCUCCACGACCUCGCCAGGAAGUAUCAGAACGGGAUCUUGUCAGAUUCCGCGAUCGUUAGCAUGGACGAUAAGUCUCUGUUCACGAUGCUGACGAUGGUUAACGGAAUCGGGUCGUGGUCUGUUCAUAUGUUUAUGAUCAAUUCUUUGCACAGACCGGAUGUUUUGCCGGUUAAUGAUCUCGGGGUUAGGAAAGGUGUUCAGAUGCUGUUUAACUUGGAGGAGUUGCCGAGGCCAUCGCAGAUGGAGCAGCUUUGUGUUAAGUGGCGACCGUACAGGUCGGUGGCUUCUUGGUACAUGUGGCGGCUCAUUGAAGCGAAGGGCACACCGUCGAAUAGUACCGUUUCGGCGAGAGUUAUGUCGUUGCCGCCGUUAGAUGACAUUCAACAACAAGAGCAUCAGCAGCAGCAGCAACAGUCACAGCAGCUUCUGGAUCCUAUGAGCGUGUUCAGUAUCGGGGCUUGGGGACAAUCAUAGCUGUGUCUCCUCCCGCUUUGCUGUCUUAGUUCGUGGGUGGUUUACUUGGCUUCUUAUCUGAGCUAUUGUUUCUGGUCUUCGGCUUCUUCUAUCUAAGUAAAAAUGUCCGGGAGAAGGAAUCAAAUGAACUCUUUUUGUAAGCUGAUGAACCAGGGAUCAUGGGUCUUUAGAUGAGUCAGAGAGUCUGUAAUGUAAUCUUAAGAGUAGCUGAUGAAUGACAAAGGUGUUUUCAAGACAACUUCCUUCCUGUUUAUGUCUGAAACAGCACCAUAUCUCA